AAAGCUGUAUAUCACAUACAGUCGGAAUCAAAGCAAAUAUCUUCCUCAGUUCAUCUUCCAAACCAGAACCAGCACCAUAGUCAUGGCAGGCAUCAAAGUCCAUGGAACCCCUUUCUCAACGGCGGCAGCGAGAGUUUUGGUUGCCCUUUACGAGAAAGAGGUGGAAUUCGAGUUUGUUCUGAUAGACAUGAGAGCUGGUGAACAUAAAAAGGAGUCCUUCCUUGCCCUCAACCCAUUUGGUCAAGUUCCAGCUUUUGAAGAUGGAGAUCUUCAGCUCUUUGAGUCGAGAGCAAUUACACAAUAUAUUUCCCAUGAGUAUGCUUCAAAGGGUACUCCACUGGUAACCACAGACUCGAAGAAGAUGGCGAUUCAAUCAGUGUGGCAAGAGGUGGAAGCUCAAAAAUACGACCCAGUAGCAUCAAAGCUAACAUAUGAGCUAGCUAUUAAGCCUUUUCUUGGCAUGGUCACUGACUUCGCAGUCGUGGAGGAAUUCGAAGCUAAGUUGGGUACAGUUUUAGAUAUCUAUGAGAAACGUCUGGGACAAUCGAAAUACUUGGGAGGUGAUUGCUUCAGCUUGGCAGAUCUUCACCACCUUCCAACCGUGGACUACUUGAUGGCAACACAAGCCAAGAAGCUCUUCGAGUGCCGCCCAAAGGUUAGUGCUUGGGUUGCUGAUAUCACAGCCAGGCCUGCUUGGACUAAAUUCCUCGCCAUGAAAGCUCACUGAAAGACUCCCAUAGUGGCAUCAUAUAUGUAUUGCCUUUUCAUUUCAUCCAAUAAGCUCUUUAAGAUUUUGAGUUCUUUGUGUAUCGAAUGGAUUAGCUUAUGAGGCGAAUCAGUGUGAAUUGAUCUAUAUCUUUUUGUAUGAUUUGUAUCCAAGCAAAUUUGAUUUCGGACAAAUGUUCUGCUUAGAACUUAUCUUCUAUUAAUAAUAAAGUAAGAAUAAGAGUUUGGGGUUACAUGUUU